AUGGCACCAAACAAAAAUCGCCUUUAUCAGUAUGCCAUCGAACAUGAAAUAAAUCCCAAAGAGUUUUCGAUUAUUACAGAGACUGAGAAAAAUAGGUGGACCAUGGGAUGUUUUCAUGGGGAUUUGGAAAGAGAUAUACGUUUCUAUCGUGAUCGGGAAAGGCUGGUCGGUGAAGAGUUAUUACGUCAAGGUAUACUAAAAAGUGGUUUGAGUACUGCAUGGCUUGAUGAUCUUAUGGAAGCAUGGGAAAAAAUCCAUGCUCGAUUCACACAAAUAUCUUUUGAGGAAAAGACUUUAUUUGUACCGCGGGUAAAUAUUCAAUCUACACUAUCUGAUCGACAAUUCUCAAUUUCUGUUCUACCUAAAGACCCAGAAGAAAGGCAACAACAUGUUAUCAAAAUGGCAUUGGAACGAUUUCCUGUUUUAUCUUUGAAAUAUAGUAGUGGGGAUAAUGAUUAUUUUGACACUGUUCAGUAA